CCGCGAAAAAACCAAAGAAAAAAGAUCCCAUUCCAGCCGAUCUUUUUAGCUGUGUUUUCUCCCAAUAAAAGCCUGAACCCUAAAUAGCAACCUCUAAAUAAAAUCCCCAAUCUCUGUCUGGUCCCGUCCGGUCCGGACGAUGACCUGAAUCAUCCCCCCACCCCCAAAAAAGCAAACAAACUCUAUUCGAUUCAAUCAAUCGAAAGUCUCUUUGAAGAAAAGAUGCCGUCUCACGUGGAUCUGGACCGGCAGAUCGAGCACUUGAUGCAGUGCAAGCCACUAGCUGAAGCGGAAGUGAAAGCACUGUGUGAGCAAGCCAGAGCGGUCCUUGUGGAGGAAUGGAACGUUCAGCCUGUCAAAUGUCCAGUAACUGUCUGUGGUGAUAUUCACGGUCAAUUCCAUGAUCUUGUCGAACUCUUUCGCAUCGGUGGCAACGCUCCCGACACUAACUACCUCUUCAUGGGCGACUACGUAGAUCGAGGAUAUUACUCUGUGGAGACUGUCACUCUUUUAGUGGCACUGAAAGUUCGAUAUAGAGAUAGGAUCACAAUUCUAAGAGGAAAUCAUGAGAGUCGUCAAAUAACCCAAGUGUAUGGAUUUUAUGAUGAAUGCUUGCGGAAAUAUGGAAAUGCCAAUGUCUGGAAAUAUUUCACCGACCUCUUUGAUUACCUCCCACUUACAGCCCUAAUUGAGAGUCAGAUCUUCUGCUUGCAUGGUGGUCUUUCCCCAUCUUUGGACACAUUGGAUAAUAUUCGUUCCCUGGACCGUAUACAGGAGGUACCUCAUGAGGGUCCAAUGUGUGAUCUCCUUUGGUCUGAUCCGGAUGAUCGAUGUGGAUGGGGAAUUUCUCCUCGUGGGGCUGGAUACACCUUUGGACAGGAUAUCUCUCAACAGUUCAACCACACUAAUGGGCUCACUCUCAUUUCUAGAGCUCACCAGCUUGUCAUGGAAGGAUACAAUUGGUCCCAGGACAAGAAUGUGGUGACAGUGUUCAGUGCGCCAAAUUACUGCUAUCGCUGCGGGAAUAUGGCUGCAAUACUUGAGAUUGGGGAGAAUAUGGAGCAGAAUUUCCUUCAAUUUGACCCAGCACCUCGUCAGAUUGAACCUGAUACCACACGCAGAACUCCUGACUAUUUUUUAUAAUUUGCAUAGCUUACCCCCAGAUGGCAAAAUUUUCGAAGUUAUGGUUGUGGUUUUGUAGAUGCAUGUUACAGAAUAGAGGAUUUUGGUGCUUACUCGAGGAAUAGACAAAAAGAAACAUGGUUAUUGUUAUUCUUCUGGUCAGAACUGCUCAAUGUUUUCUGCAUUCUUGUGAAUUUAUAGGUUUACUUUGUAGGUGGUUUUUGUCUUGUAUUUUAGAAAGUUAAAGGAACAGCAAUAACAAUGCAUUCAUCUUAUAGUUGAUACCCCAUGGUCAAACAAAAACUCUGCUUUCGAAUUGUUAAAGUUGACGUGGGUGCUGUAAUUUAAACUAGUUUCAUUUUUGUUAAGUUUUAUUUCCUGUCUGCUA